AUGUUGUUAGUCAGGAAGAAAGAUGGUAGUAUAAGGUUGUGUGUUGACUACCGACAGUUGAACAAAGUAACUAUUAAGAACAAGUAUCAACUUUUGAGGAUUGAUGAUUUGAUGGACCAGUUAGUAGGUGCUUGUGUUUUCAACAAGAUUGAUUUGAGAUCCGGGUAUCAUCAGAUUCGUGUAAAGGCUGAAGAUAUUCCGAAGAAUGCUUUCAGAACGAGAUAUGGUCAUUACGAGUAUCCAAUGAUUCCGUUUGGUGUGUCUAAUGCUCUGAGUGUGUUCACUGAGUAUAUCAACAUGAUCUUUCAUAAGUAUUUAGACAAGUUUGUGGUUGUUUUCAUCAAUGAAAUCCUGAUUUAUUCGAAGAUAGAUGAAGAGCGUAGUGGAAAGGGACUUCAUUUAGAUGAUUUUGUGUCUGGUUUUUCGAGGAAAGCGAAAGGUUGUGAUACGAUUUGGGUCAUCGUCGAUAGGUUGACUAAAUCGGCUCAUUCCCUUCAGAUGAGACUUAAUUAUCCAUUGGAGAAACUAGCAGAGAUGUCUAUUGAGAAGAUUGUCACUCUGCAUGGUAUUCCAUUCAGUAUCGUAUUUGAGAGAGAUUCAAGGAUUACUUCAAGGUUAUGGAAAGCUUGCAUAAAGCGUUGGAAAAAGGAUGAGGAAAUAAGGUCAAGCCAACUUAGUUCAUUGGUUUGGGACAGAAGAAAUUGGAAUGCAAAAUGGCAGGGUCAGGGAAAAAUGAUGGAAGUGGUUGUGGUGUGCUGGCUAGAAGCUCCAUUGAGUGUUUGGAUAGAGAGACUUGGAAUGCAAAAGCAGCAAGGUGAUUUGGGAGAGUGUAUGAAGUUGGUUGGUUUGUUAUGGUCAGGUUGGCAAGCAGGAUUUGAAGAAGCAAAGCAGGGUUGGACAGAUAGUGUUAAAAUGCCAAAGCAAACAAGGUCAUUGCAGUUCCCUAUAACAGGAAAUGUUCAAGAGUUCUAUGUUGUUUGUGGCUAA